AUGGCCAUUCCUUCAAAUGCCAAAAUCAAUGACUUUCGUGAUACAUAUUCGGAGGGCUCACAAAUUGAAUACUACUGUGAACUACCGGAGCUGACACUGUUGAGAGGCAAACUACGCGAAUGUAUUAAUGGCCAAUGGGUCGGAUCAGUACCUUUUUGUGCCGAAGAAAUUGGCGAAAACUCAAUCGAUAAGGUAUUGAUUAAAGACAGUUAUGGCCGUAAAAAGUUGGUCACCGAUAAGUCAAUGAUUGCCGGUUCGGAUGGUAAAGCCUAUGUAGGCGAUAGCGGACGGGACAAGUGUCUGGCAUUGAAUUCAAACUCCAGGCGCGGCGGUAACGGCGGUGUCUCCUAUCAGGUGUUUCUCAGGCGUAAGUAUUCCCAUAUAUCCUAUGUUGAAGUGUUGGUCAAUGUCGGCGGUGCCGUCAACACCAACACUGCCAACAACAAAGUCAACGGGGAAUCGCUGGUCGAAACGGUAUUCAAUACGGUCAGGUCGUGUUCGGUGGUCAGUACGAUAGGCGGUCUGGGCGUAACAAAUGUCGUCCGAUUGAUACUUGUUUGCGAUUUGAUGACCACUACCGACGACGAGACAAUGUGGUCGUACUAUUCCAAAGAUGUCGUCCAAAAUUUUACCCUCAAGUUCAACACAAACAAGAUAGCCAUUUGCGAGCUCAGGUUGUUUUAUCGCAAGUUUUUCGAUCCUCAUGUAUGCGGUUCACCCGACUAUCCCCUGCACUCGUCGGUAGAAUUUGUACGAUCCGGCAGUCGAUAUGGACUGAUGUCAUACUAUCGCUAUACGUGUGACCGUAAUUUCCAGCUAACAACUGCUGGCCAACAACAGGAUGUCCGAUGCGGUAUCAAUAACUACUGGUUGGACUCGUUUCCCGGCUGUCAUCCGACAGUUACCUGUCCCGUACCAGUAGAGUCGCCCUCGGAUGGUGGCGCCAAUGUCGAAGAUUUGGUUACUGUUUACCGAAUAUACUAUGAUCUGCAUAUGUAUAGCACCCGUAACUCUACGAAAUCAUUGUCCUCAUCCUAUCCUCCUCAUCCUCAAUCCUAUGUGGCCAUACCUGGUUCGCGAGUUACCUACGAGUGCCAAGUGUUUCCCAAUCGGACACAGGUUAUGAUUGGCGAUUCGGUACGGGUAUGUACCGAAUCGGGCAAAUGGAGUGGUGUCGAACCCUAUUGUGUCGAUCUUAAUGAAUUAAAAUUGGAUAAAUACACGGAUGUAUUUGAACUAAAAGCUAUGAAUGCCACCGAACUACCUGAGCUUGCAUCGUAUGAACGAAACGAGUGCGGACUGCCGGCACUGCCCAUCUAUGCCAAACCGUCUCAAUCACGUUACCGAUCGGCCGACCUCCGGAGCAGUUAUCCGAACGGUACGAAAAUCUACUACACGUGCGAAUCAAUAUAUCAUUCAAUGCACGCGCAAAAAGAGUCACGCGUGUGUAUCAAUAGGCAAUGGAUUGGCAAUGUAGGCCUGUGCGAGAUUGAAUACGGCGGUAGUGUCCAAGUAAUCGGUAUUAUAUCAACCGAUUAUACCACAGGCGAACUGAUCUAUGAAUGGCAACGCCCGGUGCGUAAUGAGACGACAGCCCUUAACGAGACAGAUAGUAGUAGCGAUACCUACUAUAACUAUCGUACGGCACUCGGUGGUCACGGUAGUAAAGAUGACGAAUGUGUCCAUUUUAACCUAACGACGGGUCGCCAGAAAUGGCGUAUACGGCUGAAUGAAUCGCAGACAGUGGUCAGUAUGUUUUAUUUGAUGCUGAAACCGGGCGGUAUGUACGGUGGGUUUAGCAAUUGGGAUGAAUCGGCAGCUAAAAACUACUCGUCCAAACCUAUACGGGCAAUGUUGGGGGGUAAAACUAACUGUCCGAUCACUAACAUAUACGACUGGAUCAAAGAUCAGACAUAUGUAAUGUUUCAGUGCGGCGGCGGCGAUCACAGUGGUGGGGCCAGUGGUGGUGGUGGACACGACUACUCGGCCUCAGUCUACGGAUCGGGUGUUGACGAGAUUAUACUGGAUGUAGAUCCACGGCAAAUGGACCCGAAGUUUGGUGACCAACAAAAACAAAACCUAUCGUUGUGUUUGCUAGGGAUUUAUCAUACAUCGGAUUUGUGCGGUACACCCGACCGGCCAUUGAAUUCGGUGGUCAGAGUUGUCAAUCAGAUAGCCGUAUAUAGUUGUGAGGACGGCUAUGAACUGGUUGGUCCGAAAACCGUACCCUGUUUGGCCAAUGGUAAAUGGGCAACGGGUGGACUCGGUUUCCCGGCCUGUCGUCUCGUACGGGGCCAGUGUCCGGCUAUUGUCGACCAGUACGGUGUGUUUACACAGUUGGAGAAUCGGGCCAAAGCAGAGUCGGUACCCAAUACAGCAUCGGCUAUCGUAUUGGGUACGGUAGCCGUUGCCCGAUGCGCCAGUACUAUGUACGGUGUUAGCGGCCGGCCAUUGCUGGUCGGUUCGCGUACACGUAUUUGUCAAACGGACGGCACUUGGAGCGGAACACCGCCCACUUGUAUAGAUUCAAGUAAAUACCCGACAUCUACCAGGAAAAGCACUGGUAGUUCAUCAUCAUCAUCGUCAUCGGGUAUGUCAUCUAAAGCAUUGGCCAUUGUCAUAAUGGUUGCCAUAACGGCAAUCAUUGUCCUGUUGAUCAUAGCACUGGUAGUUUGCUGUCAUCUGUCCCAACAUUGUUAUCGCUGUUUUCGUCGGCAAUGGGAACGGGUGUUCAAAGUUCAAAGGGAACCGAAACAGUCUGAGCCGACAUCGGCUGUUAGGCCAUCGAUUGUUAGGCCAGAGUCGACAGUCGACAUACAGGAGAUUAAUGCAACACUGGAACAGUUGGCUAGUUUUCAACCCUAUCCUAACAGCACUAGUAGUCAGCAACAAAAAAUACAGACAAACUUUGAUGAACAUAAUAUAAGUAGUUAA